AUGUAUUCAUCUCCUGCUGGCCACCCUCCGUGGCAGACUUCAUACCCGUCGCUGAACCACCAGAAUCAUGCUUACGUACCAGUUCCCGCGCGAAAUGCCUUUGGCUCCCAGUCGCAUCUUCCUCCGCCACCCACCUAUACUCCCACUCCAUUGCCACCUCAACAAUAUGUGCCCUCACCUCCAACAAACACCGUGUCAAACACUGCACCGCCCCAAACGCAACAGCCAGCACGACAAAAGAUAGUCUGGUCUCCAGAUGUCCGUGACUAUGUCAACCGCUCCUUUGCCAAAGCCGCAGAAAUACGGGAUGUCUCGAAAGAGCAGAUUGAAACAAAACUCAAGGAAAUCAUCACUGAUGCAACUCAGAGUGGCAAGUUGGAUACUAUCAACUGGAAAGAGCUGCCACUACCGCAACAAAUGAUUCGGGAUGAACGCAGUCGUGCUCUUCUUGCCCCCAUAUCCCCUCCGUCUUAUGUUCCUCAUGUACCUGUUCAAACCGCUUCCACCACUCCUUACCACCCUCAACCGGAUGUUCCACGUAAGCGCAAGUCCACGGAAUUCUCAGCGGAUGGUGAAAUUUCUACAUCACAACCACCUUGGAGGACGAACGGACGAACUCCCGGAUCUCUGGCUGACCGUGUUUCCUUCAACCCAUCUGAAAAGCGGCCUAAACUCGACAUGAAUAAAUCCGUAAGUAAAACCCAGGCAAGCCUGGAUUCUCGCAGGCGGCGAUUCGAGGAGACACGCGCGGGAUCUGGUUCACCACGUACACAAGAGUCAUCGCGGGUUGCUUCACCGGAGCCGAGGGUGACUGGACCAAUUGUCGGCCGGUCGCAAAAACUCGAGAAGAACUACUUCAGACUGACAUCAGCCCCCAAUCCUGAUGAUGUCCGACCUCUGGAAGUCCUCCGCAAAACUUUGGAACUCCUCAAGAAGAAAUGGCGCACUGAGGGCAACUAUGUCUACAUUUGUGAUCAAUUCAAAUCGCUGCGGCAAGACUUGACCGUCCAACAUAUCAAAAACGAGUUCACCACCAGCGUCUAUGAGUAUCAUGCUCGCAUUGCUUUGGAGAAGGGUGACCUGGGUGAGUAUAACCAGUGCCAAACACAGCUACGAGCGCUGUACAAACAGAACCUCGGUGGUCACCCUGUGGAGUUCAAGGCAUAUCGUAUCCUCUAUUUUAUCCACACGUGCAACCAAACUGACAUGAAUGACGUGCUCUCUGAUCUAACCCCAGCAGACAAGAAGGAACCAGCAAUCAAGCAUGCGCUGGAGGUUCGCUCGGCUCUCGCUCUUGGAAAUUACCACAAAUUUUUCAAAUUGUAUCUCACCGUGCCCGACAUGGGGGCAUAUUUGAUGGAUAUGUUCGUAGAACGUGAGAGGCUAGCGGCAUUGGCGUGUUUGUGCAAAGCGUACAAACCGGACGUGCGAUUGCGCUUCGUCACUGAGGAACUCGGAUUUGAGUCGGACGAAGAGGCCUGCCAAUUCAUCCUCGACCAUGUCCCAGACGAUUCCUCGAAUCUACUUGAAGAACGCGAUGGUGAUGUCCGCUUUUUAACUGCGAAGGCGGGGAAUAUCUUUCAGAUGGCAAAGAUUAGAGCUUUUGGCCAGGUCGACAUCAAGGGUCAAAUAUGA